UAGAAAAUACUGGCCUUCUCUCCUGACUUCAAUCACUGCUGGAACAGCAGCACUUGUCGCUCUCGAGUAAAAAGACAUUCAACGUUAACAUAGCUUCUCAUAGCUACCAUAUAUUUGAGAUUGGCUCGCAUCUGCUGACCGUCAGUCCCCGCGCGCACAGCGCCGUGACCCAGGCCCGUGCGGGGCUGGCCAGAGCCUUGCCGUGCCAGUUAUGCCGGCCGUUUGCACGUCAGCCCUGCUGCUACUGCUGCAACCCCACGACCGGCUAGCCACAAGAUGGUCGACCGGCAGCCCGUUGCCGGCGGCAGUCCUGUCCUUCAGCCGCGUGGCAACAGCCCCAGUUACAUCGUGCGCUUGCACCGGGCGCAGCUCCGGCUGGGCCCUGCGCACGAGCUGUUUCCGGCCGCAGUGGCGGAGCUGCAAGCGAUGGAGGGCGGCGGCACGGGGCAUGCCGAAGUGGUGGUCUGCGGCCGGUCUCCGACGGGACAGGCGCUGCUGUUCACGACGGAGCUUGUGCGCUACUCGAAGCGUUCUGGUUCGUCGGGGCGCUACUGCAUGAACAAGGUUGGCCCGCUGGUCGCUUUCGUGAGCGGCGGCGGCGCCACCGGUGCAGCGCUGGCGCAGCUGCGGCUGCAGAUCACACGUGAAGACUCCGGCGGUGCACAGGGAUCACAGGUAGUAGUGAUGCUCAGCGGGGCAGCUGCAGCAGGCGCCUUAAAUGGUGGGGGUGGCAUGGAGGCCGCAGCAGGGCAGCAGCGGGCUCGGCGGUCAGCGGCGGCGUUCCGUGGCGUUGCCGUCACGUACAGCGAGGAGUAUUCCGGCAGUAGCAGCAGCAGCAGCAGCAGCAGUGACGGCGGCGGCUACGGGGGCAGAAGUAGCAGUAGCGAUGAGGACGUGCCACUGGCAGCUCGGCGGCUGCAGCUUGCCGCCGCCACUACUACUCCUACAGCUGCGACGGCCCUUGCACCGGGUGACGAGGUGAUGGUCACAGAGGAAGGCGAGGAGGAGUCAAUCGCAGUGGUGAUGGAUGAUCCUAAUAAUGGUGAAGACAUGGCGGGCAAUGCGGCGGCGCAGGCGCCUGCGGCGGGCCAGGGCCGCAGUGGCUCCGUCCCGCCGUCAGCCCGCACCGCUGGCACCGACGGUGCGCCACAUGCUCACAGCGGUGGCGGCGGCGGUGGCUGCGGUGGGGAUGAUGGCCGCGGGGCCGGCGGCCGCGGUCGCGGCAGGGGCCGGGGUCAGGGCCGGGGCCGGGGCCAGGGCCGGGGCAGCGCACAGCAGGAGCUUGGGCAGCAGCAGGCGCCACAGCAGCCACGCAAGGCGCCACUGCCUGUAGCCGUGGGGCACCUGCGUCUGAGCAAGCAGUACCUGUACGGGCACGGAACCAUUCUCAAGUGGUGGCCACGCGCGCUUGAGGCGGCGGGCGAAACGCGCGCAGAUGACGGCAGGCGCGGGCACGCACCGGCUGCAGUCGUGCAGCUGGACUUUGGCGGCGGACGCUGCUUCUGGCCGUGGGCCUUAACUUACGGAUCCGGCUACGUGAGUGUGCGGCUCGGCGGCGUCUCGGCCCUGCGGCGGGUGCUGGGGCUGCGGGACGGCGCCGUCAUUGAGCUGGAGCCGCAGGACCUGCCGCCGCCGCGGCGCCUCAGCAAUGGCGGUGGCGCGGACGUUGCGCAGCAGCAGCGCGUGGUGCGGGCACGGGUAGUCACGCUUGGCGCGAAUGAGGAGGGGCUGGAGGUGCCGGCGACAGAGCUGUGGCCAAUGGCGCAGGAGUCGCAGGGGCAGCCGGGGUUGCAGCGGCAGGGCGUGCAACCGAGUGGUCAGGCGCAACCGCUCGUGGGGGCGCAGCAGCACCAGCGCCAGCACCCACGAGACGCCCUCCGCGGGAUCCGGCGGUAUGGCGGGAGCCCUCGCCGCGGCCUCAGCGGCUCGCGGAGCAGCAGGUCCCGCCUCGGCUGGACUGGCUGCGAUGCGGCGGCGGAGGCGGCGGCUGGCCCCAGCCCCGCGGGCGUGCCCACAGCGCUGCGGCGGAUGGCACUUGUGAAGCAGGAGCCAGGAAGCCGGACCGGUGGUACCGGACAGCAGGCUGAGCUGGGCGCCGCCGCCCCGCAGCUGAUCCGACCUGCAGCAGCGGCGGCGAACGGCGCGGCGGUGUCCUCAGCUGCUGCUGACGGCUGCGGCAUGUUGGGGAGCGGUGGCUUCCGGGGUGCAAGCGGCGCCAGCUGCAGUGGGCUUCAGCUACUGCUCACACAUCUGCCGCCGCUGCGUGCUGCUGCACCUGCACCUUGUCCGCUGCAGCCCGGCGAGCUGCGGCUGUGCGGCCUCACCUUCCACCCGGAGCUGGCCGCAGGCGUGUCUGCAAGCAUGCAGCAGUGGGAGGAUGCGCUUACCUGCCCGCUCUCCAGCGCGGACCCCGCCAAGCAGCAGCUGGAGCCGGUCACGAGCAGUGCCGCAGCGGCCGGCUGGGAGGCGGCGUUCACUCGCCACGGCCUCAGGCGCAACAUCCUACACAGCCGCCUAGCGACCCUGCUGGGGCUGUCGGGGGAGGGCGGCGGCCCAGAUGCGCCGCUGCCUGAGGGCGGCUGCAACGGCGCCGCGUCGGGUGGUGGCGCGUCGCCACAGCCCCUCCUGCACACCAGCCUCCGCGUGGCCCCAGCCGCUGACGGCGGCCGGGCUAGCAGCGGCAGCAGCAGCCGGCUUGAGGUUGUGUCGAGAGUGAAGAAGAGCGGGUGCUUGGGUCUGGUGGGUGGAUACGUGGCGCCCCGGGCGCUGGCGGAUGAGGUGGUGGCGGCCGCAGAGGAGGCGACGUCCCUGCGCUCCUCUUUCGCAGCUGCGGCAGCGGCGUCUGCGCUGCUGCGCGAGUGCCGCCCGGAGACGUGUCGGCUCGUGGAGUCAAUGGCGGCCGAGGAGCAGUCUGCCGGUGGCGGCGUGGCAGGAGGAGGCGCAGGCGCGGCUGCGUCGGCGGCUGCCCUGUCUCGGCUGCUGCAGUCGCUUCUGCUGCCACUGCCGGAGAGCUGGUGGCAGCAACCUGCGGCGGCCGGUGCGUCAGGCUCUUCAUCCGGGGCCGAGGAAGCUGUGCUGCUUGUUGACAGCCCAUGGGCGGCGCUUCUGCUGGCGGGGCCGGAGGACACACCAGCAACUGCAGCAGGCGGCGUCGCCGAUGCGGCAGCGGGACAGGGUCCGCCGGAGCCCAACUGCAUGGUGCUGCCGGUUCGUGUGCGAGGCCUGGUGGUGCUGGCGCUGGUGGCUGUGCGGGACGUGGAGGCGGAUGCGCCCCUGGUGCUGGACAGGCAGGCGGCCUGGUGGGGGCAGCAGACGCAACGGGCAGGGCAGGCGGGACUGGGGCAAGCACAGCAGCAACCACCACAGCUGCAGGUGGCGGCCGGCUCCGAGCUGCCGCAUGCCACGCCGCAGGGCCGCAGCGGCCGCGCGCCCACAGUUGCACGCCCACGCGCCCCGCCGCCGCCGCUUGCUUUGCGGCCGCCGCCGACUGGUGCGCACCCUCUUCCCGCCAGCGUGUUUGGGCUGGCGGCAGCCGCUGGUGGUGAUGCUUGCCCCAGUCAGGCAAUUGCCGUUGACGCGGUGGGUCAUACCGGUCAAGGCACAGGUUGUGACGGCACCGGCAACCGGCAUGGCAACAACACAGCUGUCGGCGGAGCCAGCGGCAGCGGGCCAGCGGCAGCGGCCCUUGCGCGCACCAGCCAUGGCGGCGGUCGAAACGCCUCGGAUUGCGGUGGCGAGCCCACCAAGCGAACGGCCCGCAGCCGGAGCCGCAGCCGCAGCCGCAGCAGGAGGAGCCGGUCCCGGAGCCGCGGCGGCAACCGCCGGCGCAGCCGAAGCAGAAGCCGCGGCCGCAGAAGGCGACAUCGCAGCCGCAGCGCAUCACACGGCCGCUAUGAAUGGCAGCGCCGUCGCACCCGCAGUCGCAGUCGCAGUCGCAGCCGCAGCCGCAGCCGGCCUCGGAGCCACAGCCGCAGGUGGCGCAGCCGGAGCCGAAGCCGAAGCCGAAGCCGGAGCCGAAGCCGAAGCCGAAGCCGAAGCCGGGACCGUGGCCGGGGCCGAGGAGAGGCGGACCGGCAUGAUGUAGAAUCGCGCCAGCAGGUCCUUCCGCCGCGCGGCAGCAGAGACGGCGCCCAGUCGCGUCACGACAGCUCCGCAGGUGCCGGCUGUAAGGCGCUGUUGCAGGGGGCCGCGUCCCUGCUCCCCACCAGCAGCAGCCGCUACGACGGCGGCAAGCUGCUGGACAGCCGUGCCUCGGAGCAGCCGCAGCCGCCCACCAGCGCAGCGGCCGCACCUGUAGUUCCCGGAAAGUGCCUGCAGUUGCGGCAGGAGGAAGAGGAAGGAGAGGAUGCGCGGCUGCAGAUGCUGCUGCGGCGCCAGUCGUCGAUCCAGGCUGCAGGAGGCGGGGCGGCGGGCGCCGCCACAGGAACAGAGGGGAGGGCUGCUGCUGGCUGCAGCGGCCCGGCAUCUCCUGCCGACGGGUCUGAGGAGGUUGAGGCGCUGCCGCGGCAUCAGCAACCGACGCUGCAUCAGCAAGGGAAGGCGCGCGCGGCGCGCUGGGGUGACCCUUCUCCGGAGCAACGGGACAUCUCCGCUGCCUCUGCCGCAACCAGCAAGCGCCCAUCGGUGCAGACGCAGCUCGGUGCUGGGCCGCCGCCAGCCGUGGCGCCCGGCUGGUCGGAGGUGGGCCCUGCAGUCGAUGCGCUUGCGGCUCGACUGCCGCCGCAGCCCGCCACACUUCCACUUACCCGGGACUCGAAGCAAGUGGAGGCCCUGCCGCCGCCGCCGCCACUUCGACUGGUGGUCAAGCCAGGUCAGGUCCUCAAGACGCCGGCAAUGAAGAUGCAGACCCAGAAGCCGUCGCAGCCCCAGCAGCCAGCAGCUAACACGCCAUCUGCAGCGGUGACAGCACAGGCGCCAGCCGCCGCCGCGGCCACAGGAGGAGGAGGCGAAGCCGCGGGCAGCCAGGCGCCUGCGGCUGCGGCGGCAACCCAGCAGGGCACUCAGGCUGAGCUGCCUCGGCCGCUGGUGCAGCAGCUGCGUAAGCACGCCGUGCGCGUGGGUCUGUUUGAGCCCCACCGCGGCUCCCUGCGUGGUCUGCUGGACGGCCUGGGUCGCGAGCUGGGUCUGGGCAGUGCGGUGAAGGCGCCCAUGCUCACGCGCCUGGACCACCUGGGGCUGGCGGCGCUGGUGGCGGCGCAGCAGCUGGCGGAGCGGCGGGCGCUGAGGCACGUGCACAACGCCGUGCUGCGCGUGAGCUGCUGCCCGCUGCCGGGGCUCAAGCUCAGGCUGUGGCACACCAGCUACCUGGCCAGUGGCGCCGCCGCCCCCACCUGGCUGGACGUCCGUGUCACGGCCCACUUCGGUGAGCUGCUGGACAACGUCGCGGCGGCGGACCAGGCCUCCCGGCGCGCGCUGUCGUCGUGGCUGUACGGCUUCACGACGUACGCGCCCGCCGUACAACUGGAGCCCGAGCUGUCCUGCGCCGCCGCCGACGCCGCGGUGUGCGCGGCCCUGGGUCAUGGGGCGCGAGUGGCAGUACCGCUCACGGACGGGGCGGGGUCCCUGUUCGCGCGAGACAACUGGCACACCAGGCCUGUGCCGCUGGCGCCCGAAGCCGGUACAGCGCCCACGGGAGCAGCGGCAGUCGCGGCAGCGGCAGCAGAUGUUGCCAAGGCAGCUGCUACAGCGGCUGGGCAUGCCGGCUGUAGCGGCGCUUCUCAGCAGUCUGCGGCGCCGGCACAGGCGCAUAUGCAGCCGCAUGGCGCCUUGAGGCCGCAGCCGCAGCACCGGCCACAUGCUACGUGGCCACACGCCGGGUGGCCUGCGCACGCCGCGGGUGCGCCGCCGCCGUAUGGGGCGGUUGGGUACGGGGCACCGCAGCAUGUCGGCGGGGCUUACCCUUACGGCUACGCCCACGGCUAUGGCUACGGCUACUACCCGCACAUGGGCGGCCACCCGCAUGCAGCAUACUACCCUGUCGGCACCGUUGCAUCUUCCUUACAGCCGCCGGCUCAGUCGCAACCGCCGUCCCAGGUGCAGCCGCCGGGACAGGAGCAGGACGCGGAGGGGCAGCAGGGGGCACAGCAGGCGUGUGGGGCUGCCAUGCCGGGGCAGGAGCAGGCGGCGCCGCAGCCCCAGGAGCAGGAGCAACAGGAGCAGCAGGCGCAACAAGAGCAGCAGGAGCUGGUGAAUGGGUAGCUGGGAUGCGGUAGAGGCGUUGACAGUGAGUUUAAGUUGAGCCUGAAGAUUUCAGGGCAACACGGAGUGCCUUUUGGGGGCCAAGUGGCUGGUGGUUGCGGCAGAAGCGCAAAGGCAGCUCCAAAGCAGGAAUAUGUACAUAUACAUGUGCCGCUGGCGGGGACGAUGGAGAGUCCUGGUCGAUGCUGUAGAAAAUUGUUUACUCCUCCCUCUCGCUGGAUGCUGCUGGGCAGGUGGCUGUCAAUGAUCAGGUCAUUUCGAUCAUCAUCGCACGCACGCCGCGGUCCGGGAGACUGUUCGCCGUUUACCAACUAUGCACGUCAUGAACAUUACAGGUAUACUGUUUGUAAUUGCUGCAAUUUUGUCUGCCAACCGAGGGGGCUCCGAAACCCUAUCCGCAACCGGUUGAGCUGUUCCAAGGAUUCCUAGGGUUGAGGUCAAGUAAAGCUAUCCGUAACAUGUAACAAUAGAGUUGA